AUGUCUUUGCCGUCGUUGAUUCGCGGCUUUCGAGCUGCGCAGCAAGAGGGGACGGAGGACGAGUACCUGUCCCUCUGUUUGCAGCAGAUCAAGGAAGAGUUGACGCCGACCCCCGGGGCUUCUUCGCAGUCUCUCUCUUCUCUCCUCGGUCGCUCGCCGAGCGCCAGCGCCCGCAGCUCAGCCCUUUUGAAGCUCACCUACUUGCAGAUGCUAGGCUUCGACAUCGGCUUCGCCACCUUCUCCGUCGUGGAGGGGAUGAGUGUUCAGUCCUUCUCGCUCAAACGCCCCGCGUACGCCGCGUGCGCCCUCGCCUUUGCCCUGCCGCUCGCGUCCCGCGCGAAGGCGGAAGGCGAGCACGACGCCGAGAACGGAAGAGACAGAAAAAACCUCGCCGAGGAAAAACAGCAACAGCAACAAGCGCUUUCCCUACUGACCACCAAUCUGUUCAAGAAGGAUUUCACCAGCAAGGAAACGCACGAAACCAGCCUUGCGCUGUCCACGCUGGCAGUCAUGUCGACUCCUGAAAUAGCAGCGGCGCUGUUGCCCGACGUAUUGCUUCUGCUGUCUUCCUCUCGGCCAGUGCUGCGCAAGAAAGCGUCUGUGUGCGCCACGCGAUUUCUCAUUCAAGUCCCCUCGCUCCUGCCGUCCUCGUUCCCCAAGUUGCGUCAGCAGUUGAUGGCGGAGGAGGAGACGCCAGUGGUGAGUUGUUUGUGUUCGGCGCUUCUGCAACUGGUCGCGGAGAAGCCUCAGCAGUAUCUUUCUUUGGCGCCUCCGCUCUUCCACUUGCUCUGUAACAGCACGAGCAACUGGCUGUCUCUGAAGCUGUUGAAGAUCUUUGCGCAGCUUUGUCCUUUCGAGCCACGCCUGCCGCUCAAGCUCCUUCGCCCUCUCCUCACGCUGCUCCAGCAGAGUCGCGCAAAGAGCGUGGAAGUGGAAAUUUUGCGUCUCGGCUUGCUCCAUUUCCCCCUAGAGGGGCCGGCUGCGAGAGCGCGCGGUCGAGCAACGGCGCUCGCGCCUUUCCUCGCAGGUGCGGAAGACUCCCGAGAAGCGCCUGGAGAAGAGGGACGAGAAGAGAACGGCGAAGGCGAGAGCGAGCUCGACGCGUUUCUCCGCAGCUGCCUCAGCCGCACGCACGCCCUCCUGGCCAGUGCCGAUCGAAAUCUCCGCUGCGUCGGCGUCGACAUCCUCGCCGCUCUCUUUGCCCGCAAAAGAGACUUGGCCGGAGACGUCGCCGCAUGCAUCCCAGACUUCCACAAAUUCGUCCUCCAGGCUGCGGAGGAGUGCGACCCUACCCUUAGGUCUCGCGGGAUUGACUUGUUGACGAAGACGGCGACGCCUGCCUCUUUUCCGCGGAUCACGGAGCAACUCGUCUCCGCGGCAGCGGCGCACGAGGCGCAGACUCAGGGGCGAGUCCACUCGCGCGGCGACAAAGCCGGGAAAGACGCAGAGCGCGGCCACGCCUUCUCCCCCGCAGUCGCAGGAUCCCUCAGGGCGAGCUUCCUCCUCCCGCUCCUAAAAAUGGGCGCCGAGAAUCACUACGCACUCAUCGAGGACUUUGAGUGGUAUUUGGCGCUCUUGGCGAGCCUCGCUGUGGACGGCGGCAGUGAAGCCGUCGACGCAUGCAGAGACGGGGCAGAGGAGGAGGACAAAGACGCAUCCGUCGCGGGCCUCGUGGCCGAACAACUCGUUGACAUCACCGUGCGCGUGCCGGCCGUGCGGCCGUGCGCGGCGCUUCUCGCCUCGCUGAUUUGCGACUCGGCAGUCGCGCCCUCGUCGGCGAGUCGAGAGACGCUGCGGAGAAUUCAUCGGUCUCACCAGCAGCAGGCAGGCGUCCUGCGCGAACCAGGCGAAGACGCUGAGACGGAGAAAGAGAAAGAAACUUCCUCUCCCGUCGCCCCCGUCGUCGUUCGCGCCGCCGCGUGGAUUGUCGGAGAAUAUUUCGAGUGCCUGGACAGCCAGCAUGCGGACGAGAACGCGGAGCCGCGUGACGGGGAAGGCUCGGUGUCUUUCUACUUUGACGCCUGCCGCUCUCUGAUUCGCCUCGCCCGCAGUCUGCUCCUGCCGUCGCCGGUUCAGCAAGUCGUCCUGGCCGCAGCAAUGAAAGUUUUUCUCGGCGCAUGCAACGCGAGCUCGAACCGCUUCGCAGCGACCCCCGAAAAACGGUCGUUCUCUGCGCAGGGCGAGGGAGUUCGCGGGGCGGGUCUCCGAGAGCUGCAGGAAGCCAUGCUCGCGAUGCUCGAUAGGUGCAAAGCGGCCGCCGAGGGCGAGAACGGGAGCUCUCCGUCGAGCAGUGUCGAGGUUUAUGAUCGGGUGCGGUUAGCCGAGCAACUCGUGCGCUUCUUCGGGCCAGGAGACAAAGAGACACUGAAGGGCGAGACCCCUCUGCGCCUGUGGGGUUUGGAGCAAGGAACGCUCCUUCCCGUGCUCCCCGGAGCGCAGCAGCAGGUUCCAUUGGAUGCCAGUCUGGACCUCUCGACUCCUUUCUUUGACUAUCGGCGGCUGCAGUCGCAGCCGUCGCCGCAGUCGGGGUCGGCGGUGUCUCCGGGGGCCGUGCACGGCGUGUGGGAGCAGAAGGGCGGGGACGGGUCUCUGGGGCUUCCGCAGUCGCCGCCGGAGGCCGGAGCUGUCUCUGUGUCCUCCGUGGAGGCCUCGUUGCUGGCUUCCGGCUCGCCCCAAAAAGGAGACACCCAGGGCGCAGGUGUGGGGUGGGCGAGAGGCGCAGGGGCCCCGUCUGGGGCGAAGAAGCGGUUCGAAGUGAUUCGCAGCGCGAUCGCUCCUGGGCAGUCUCCGCAGGCUUCCAGCUGUGGGGCGUCUUCUUCAGAGCGGCCUGGGGGGGCUGUCUCGCCUUGCCUCAAUGGCGUGUCUCUGUCUCCGGUGUCUUCGUCGCCUCUCCCCACAGCUCUCGGGAGUGGAGGAGCCGGAGAGAGACUGAGUGAGAAGGACCGGAGGAGCGGCAAGUGUCUGCCUCCAGCGGAAAGCGCGCAGGAAGCGGGCGUCCCGUUUCCGGUGUCUAUGCAACUCCAGCUCAAGAGCAGGCUGUGGCGGAGCUGCGGAAGAGACGACGCCCUUCGCGUCUUCUGCUGCGUAGGCGAGGCGCUCGGCCCGACAGCGCCCGACGCGCCGCCGGCCCUCUCCGUCGGUCUCUGCUGCGAGAAAGCUGAAAACGCGGGCGCCGACAUCUCCGAAGUCGGACUCGCCUUCGAUGAAGCAGCCGCGCUCCGAUUGCCGAAUUUGGUCCCUCUGGCGGCGGAGCUGAAGAAAAGAAGCAACCGAGGAGUGGUAAAGCCUGCAAGUUUCUCAUCUCCCCUCUGUUGCACGUCAACUGCCGAGCUGAGCGACUGGCGCCUGGAGGGCAAGAUCCUCUACACUGCGGCGGGCAGUGUCCCUUCGGGGGACUUCUCCCUGCUGGACGGAGACACUGGCCCGCUCGGAGGCCCGGCCCCACAACGGGUGCAACAGCGGGAGACUCCCUUCGCCAUCGAAAUUCCUGCAACCGUCGGGCUGCUUCCUCUCCAGAUGACGGAGGACGAGCUCGCUUCGUUUUUCGCGCAAACAGGAGGAAUUGUAACUGCACAGCAUAGUGACCGCGUGGAGGUUCAGCCGAGAGCGCCGAGUCCCGCUUCGGGAUGUACAGACACCUGGUGCAUCUCCCUGAGGGGAUGCAAACCUACGUCGCCGCUCGCAGUUCUACAGUACUUGCGAGUCGUGGCCUGCACAGCGAAUUUGUUUCUGCUUCCGCAGCAGCCCCUGCCAUCGCCUUCUUGUUCGUCUGGAGUGCUGAAGUGUCUGCUCAUUGCGCGGUUGUACAACCCCGAUACUGCACUCCAGCUCCACAUGCAUCAGGAGAAAAUGGAAGGCGAGGCAGCCGCAGGCCUCGCAGCGCCUCCGAACCCUCCCGAAGAGCUGAGCGGUCACCACGUUGUCCUGGCCUUUGUCGCGUGUUCAUGUGGGGGCGACAGUGCGGGAGAGAAAGACAGACCAUCGGAGGAAGCAAAAGAAGUUCUCCACUUUCGGGUCAAUGCCCGGAGCGCGAGCGCUGCAUGCAGCGAGGCGGUUUGCCGGUGGAUUUGCAACCUGCUCGAGGAAACGGUUUCCGGGCGUUUGCAUGUGUUCACUGAGUAG